AUGUCGAUGACCAACGAACAUGCCGAAUCCAUCCUCGCUCCCAUCAUGAAACAGUAUCUGGAGGCAUUGAAUACCUCUGACUGGAAGACAGUUGAGAGUCUCUAUCAUGUGAAUUCAGUGAUGAUCGAAAAGGGAAAGAGUUGCAUGUUCGGAAAUCAAGCUAUCACAGACAGUUUCAAGGCAAUGGGAGCCGAUUUUGGAAAAUAUGAAGUACACAUCUCGAACUCCCGUUACGAAGGCGUCGGUGACUUCAUCAACAUCCACACCGAUUUCAGCUUCGUUACUGAGAAACAAGGAGUUCUCAGCGGAAAGUUCACUCAAAUCUGGAAGAACGAAGGAGGAAAGUACGCGAUCUUGCACGAUCAAUUCGAGCUUUAA